UCAGCAAUCAUCACUGCCAUCAUCUAAGCCUUCGUUAAUAGCUAAAGCGAAUUCCCAUUGUAGACGGACUAGAAAAGAAGGUCGGUCUGUGAUUGGCGGAUGUCCCGUUGUCUCCUCCCGGUUUUCCUGACUUGACCUCUUUCCUUGGCAACCACUUCCUCCGAGCGUCCAAACCGGCCAUCUUUACUUAACUCAUUCAUGGAUUUUAUGUAUGUGUGUGUGCGUGUGUGUGUGUGCGUGUGCGUGUGUGUGUAAACACAGUGCAACAUCGUUGCAUUACGCUUGUAACGAACGAGGGGAUUGUUUCCAUUGAUUUUCUUAUCGACGAGUUUCAGCACUACAGAAGCGUAGUGUAUUUCUGUCACUGGCAACGUUGCACUAAAACGUAAAAAUGAGAAAGAAACAGAAUGUAAAACAGAGGAAAGCAGAGACCAUAACCGCGACAAUAGUAACAACACCAUCUGAAUCAACGACAAACACGACACCGGUCGUCCAAGAGUUUGUGGUGGAAAAGAUAAUCCGCCGAAGAGUCUCCGAUGGAAGAGUCGAGUACUUUCUGAAGUGGAAAGGCUUCAAUGAUGCGGACAACACCUGGGAACCGGAGGAUAACCUGGACUGCCCAGAACUCAUAGAAGAGUUCCUCAGAAACCUCUGUUUGUCCGGAGAGAAUCACAAUGAGGAAGAGAACCAGUUUCCUGUGGACCCGGAGCUAGUCCCCAAAGAGGAACUGACAGAGCAGGAGACAGAAAUUUCCUCCCAGCAGGUGUACGAGGAGCAGAGAAAGAUGGAACUACAGGAGCCAGGUGACCAGGAGUCUGACUCUCCUACUGACCUCAACCUCAUCGGCCCCCUUGAACCUGAACGCAUCAUCGGGUCCACAGACAGACGUGGAGAGCUCAUGUUCCUGGUCAAAUGGAAGAACUCAGAUGAGGUGGCCCUGCUGUCGGCGAGGGAGGCCAGCGCCAGGUGUCCCCAGGUAGUCGUGGCAUUUUACGAGGAGAAACUCACCUGGCACUCUGGGGAUGAGGACCAGUAAAGGUUGCUGUGUGUGUGGGGGCGUGUGUUUGUGUGUG